AUGGUCUACUAUGUUCGAUUCCUGAAAACCCCCAGGACCCAGCAACAGAAAGGGUCCAUCUACCUCUCCGCACUUAUCUGCAUCACCACUGAUUUGGGAGACUCUUUUCUCGCUGAAGAUGUUGAUUUGAUGGUGAUAGCUGAAAAUUCCUCUCGGGUUAUUUUUGAGAAAGCGACAAAAUGGAAUGCCAGUAAUCGCGAACUCGCUAUUACCCUAGGCCCUCUCCCAUCCAAUCUGGCCCAGCAGUCUAUGGUGUUGACGGUUAAAGUGCCGAACCCACCAGGACAUGUUAUACCCCAGUAUCCCCCCAUACCAUUAGUGGUUGCUGCAACAAGUGCUCCAUUUGGGCCUCAGUCCACGCCGGCGGAGAAGCUGGUUCAACGGCGUAUUCAAUACAGCGGCUGCGAACCAUUCCCCAUGAAAAUCUGGGAAGAGACAGGAAAUAGCAUUGCCCGACACAUAUGGGAUGCGGGCCUCACAACAGUUACAUAUCUUCACAUGAUCUGUGAGAAUAUAAGGAAGAACAAAGACACAGAACCUAAAAUACCAGCUUUGAAACGGGUCCUGUCCGUCCGCAACCCACCUCUUCAGGUAGUUGAGCUCGGGGCAGGAUGUGGGAUAGCGGGAAUUGCAUUGGCAUCAAUGCUUCCCAACUGUUCGGUCUUACUCACGGACCUCCCCGAGGUUGAGGACAUAAUAACACGCAAUAUCAAUGCUGCCCAACUCGCAAGCAUGUCGAGUCUUCACUAUCAGAACCUUGACUGGAACGACCCACCGGAUGAGCUCUGCUCUCGGCCCAUUGAGCUCAUUCUUGUCUCUGAUUGUACAUACAAUGCAGACAGCUUGCCAGCGCUAGUCUCUACGCUCGACCGAUUGGUUCGGACAUCCCCAGAGGCAGUCAUAUUGGUAGCUCUGAAGAGACGACAUGACAGUGAAACGGUGUUUUUCGACUUGAUGCGGUCGGCGGGAUUUACGGCGGUGCAGGACAGCGUUGAGAUCCCCUCGCAGCAUGAUGAGGUGGAUGAGAUUGAGUUUUACUGCUACAGUCGACGAACCGGGGAAAUAUAG